GCCAUUUCCGCUUCGGGUCGCUGGUCGCGUUCAAGCUCCACGCACAUCCACGCUUCUGGGAGCUAGACGACACCGCUACCGCUGUCAUCUCUUACGCUGUGCUCUGUCUGAUAGCGGUCAAUCAUGCCACCUCCCGGCAAUGGGGCACCUAGUGCAUCCACCAACUCGGCGAUUCCGCCCUCUGCACAAACUCAAGCUCAGCAGAGUCAAUCGCAGUCGGGGAUAGGUCGCAGUCAAUCUGCUUUCAAUUUCUUGAUCUCCAAGGCAAAGGGCACGUUCACCUCUGGCGGCACUACAAAUCAUCCAGGCAUCUCUUUGGGCAAUCAGCAUGGCCUGUACGCAUCUGGUGGAGGUGGACAUGGAGCUAUCAAUGCCUCGGUCUCAAUGUCGUCGCUCGCGUCUCAGCCCGUGUUCGAGGAGGGAUCCGAGCAUGCUUCGUUGCCAUCCAACAUGCAUCCCGGCGUCUUUCAAGGAGCAAGCCGAUCCCGGGUAGCUUCCGGCUCGAGUAGCGGGGCUUCAGCAGGUGGUGGUGGUGGGGGUGGCAACAGCUCACCCAGUGGGAUCGCCAUUGGAAGCGCUGCGGGUGGCUCUAGCGGCGUGUAUCAGAACUUCGCCAUCGAGCGCGGCGGGUCCGUCACGGACUUUGGCCGCUAUCCCAACACCAAUCGGCCCAGUUUUGGAGCUGAGGAUGCCAUCACAGUGUCAAGUCCUACCAAGCGGAGCUUCUUUGGAGGGCACAGAGAUCGGAAGACUUCAAACGCAAGCGUGACGAAGAAUUCUCCGACUCUGGCCAUCAAUCCCCCGAGCGCAGGCUCUAACGCUUCCCGAGGCGGCUACGCCCACAGCCCUCUAAGCAGGGGAGCAAAUCUGCGACAAGACUCUCUCGGCAGCAAUGGCAACUCGGGCGCCCCUGGGCUGGGCUAUGCUCAAUUCAGUCGCAGUCAGUCCGAUUUGUCGCACCGUCACGAGUUCUCUUCGCCGACUAUAGGCAAUGCGGAGCUGCCGAGGCCUUUCGGUCAGACAGCGGCGUCGAACCUCCCGGUCAAAUUCCUCGCUAGCGACGAUCCUCAGCACCUCCGCUCGCCCAGCCCCAACAUCGGCUACUCACGCAGCGUAGACGACCUCAACCACGCUGCAUCACCGCCUUUGACUGCUGCAACGACUGGCAGCGCGGGCAAAGCCGCUGCUGUGCGCCAGCACCAAUCGCAGCAGCACAGAACUGACGCGACUUGGGGCGAACAUGGGGUGCCUGCCGCUGACUGGGGACGCCCAAGUGAAGUUGGUGCUAUUUCCAGUCGAAGCGCAGUAGGCAAUCAAGCACAACAGCUGCAACGGUGGACUGCAAAUAGUAGCGGGGGGUCUCCGCACGUGCCGGUCUCACAGCAAACCCCACAGACCAUUGCGAGUCCUUCUCAGGGCUACCUGAGUCAAAGUCCGGCGCUUGGAGGCGGCGCCCAUAUCCCUUUCAGUUCUGCGCCCCAGAGCUCGACCUGGCCCCAAGUUCCCCCCAUUCCACCCCAACAUUUGGCUUCCACACCGAACAAGCACACUCGGAAGGGAUCCAAGCAAGGCGCUCUGCGGGAAGCAGGCACUGCAAUGGGGCUGCCCUUCGUUUCCCGUCCUCAAGAUGACGCCUCGCACGGCACGUCUCUGCCGUCCGGAGCUACGUAUCAAGGUUUCCUGAAUCGUAAUGCCAACAUCUCGUUGCCACUUUCGCAAUUGCAGGAGGGCGGCGACAAGGGCAGAGAGCGCGAGAAGGACCUGAGUAAGGGCUGGAAGCCUUACAAAGUCAUCCUGAGAGAAGGACGCCUAUACUUCUUCAAGCCUCCCAGCAGCAUCUCAGAUGAAGUCAAAGCUCUUUUUCCCACGUCCCUCGUCAGGCCUAUCGCAGGGACAACUGCACCUGUUGACUUGGAUGCGAUCAAGAAGGCGCUGGCUCAACAGGAAUUGUUGGCAGCUACUGCAAGCUCACAGGGAAGAUCCGGAGGUGCGCCACGCACUUCACCUGCCCGGCCGGCCACUAAACGUGGAGACAGUGGUGCUGGUGCCCUACCGAACACCGCCACGACCACAGCUUCAGAAGCGCGAGAGCCGCCUGCAAUGCAAGCGAGCUCCCCAUGGGCCGCGCCUGGCAGACAUCCAGGCCUCUCUCUUGCCGAGACAGUCACACCGCCAGCGAGCUGGAUCGAGCGCAUCGUCGCUAGUCCGAUGGAAAGCCUCGCGCACGAGCUCGUCUUCGCCACGCAGCUCUCUGUUGGAUCUUCGAGUGCUACCGCGGCUACUGCUAUGCCCAAGGAUGGUACUGAGCGUAGCGAUGAGGUUGAGACAUACGUCUUGAGCCUUCUGAUUGCGACAGCCAGAUCUGGACGGCCCAUCCAAAAAGUACUGGUCGCCGUGCAGAAGUGGGCUGUUGAAGCCCUCUCCUUGGGUGUAGAAGAUGAGCUCGCUGGCUCAUUGAUCACUGACGCAAGCUCACCCGUCGUCCUCAAAUUCAAAGCCGAGGUCCGCGAGAGGCUAGCUGCUGUGGCUAUGUCGCGGCCGCUUGACUAUGCGUCAGACGACAACGACCGCCGCGGAGCUGCCGAGGUACUUCAAGCGCUCGUCGACAUGACUUCUUCUGGAGCAGAAGCCGAGAAGGCCCGACACGGCGUCCUCAGCGUCCUGCUGCAAGAUGCCGAUGAGCAGCACCAUGGCGUACCGAAGGCUCCAGACUGGAUCGAGGCAAUUAGAGGACGCGCUUCUAGAGAUCAUCUGCAUGACAUUGUUCGGCACAAGCUGAGCCCCUCCAGCUUUUUGAAUCUCGAACCACCAGAAAUCGCACAGCAGCUACAAAUCUUCCAUGCUGACCGCUUGAGGUCUUUCUUGGCGCCCACUUUAUCCGUAGGCCGCUUGUUCUCUAGAUCCAAUGCCCUCAAUUCUGGGCUCCUAAGCUUCGACGCUUCACGUCCACAUUUCAUCACCCGUCUCGUCAUGGACCAACUCUUCGAUGAAGCUAUCGAAACGGGCCCGCAGUCUACCGCUCGUCGACCUGAGUCCGGCAAUACCGCUCGUCACCGCGCUGCGAUCAUGCGGCACUGGAUUGCUAUCGCGUCCUACCUCCUUACCUUUGGUGAUUUGGUCGGCUGGGCUGCUGUCACCGCUGCCCUUUGCUCUCGCCCUGUUUCCAGGCUGGACCAAACUUGGCGCUAUGUUGCUUCCAAUGACAGGAUCAUUGUCUCAAAGACCUGGGCACCACAAUUGGCCAAACUGGGAUGGACCGAUGGUAACGAAGGAUCCGACUGCCAGAUAGCGCCUCUCAUCAUCAACGUGUCAUCGGCAUCAGCAGCGAGUGGAUCGGUAGAUUCACUCGAUGUCGUCGAAGGUAACAAUGGCAAGCGCGUCGAGACGUUGCCAUUUCUCGGCAAUGUAUUUGUCGACCAUUCUGACGACCAACAGGGCCAUGCGGCACCCCUGGCAAAUCAGCUAGAUGUCGUUUCUUCGCUCCAGGCUGCACGGAGGUCACUUGCACUGGGAGAGACAUGGCUGAAGCAGUAUGGACCUCCCGAACAGGAGCGCACAAGCGCAAGGACGUACCCAGGAGUUGCGCCUGCUAUUCCGGAGCAGCAGCGCGCCUUUUUGAGCUUACUCGAGCUCAGCUCCAAGGGCGAGUGGAGUCAGUCGACGCAGUCGACAGAGGAGCUUGGCCUUUCGCGCUACAUGUCCCUCUCACUAGCUACGGAGCCACGCUCCUUGGGUCGUGUGGACCACAGGUGGCACGCCCCUAUGACCGAAGUCACAGUGGCGUGUGCGCUAGCACCACUCCUCUUUACCGAGACGCUUCCCACACUGACUUUGUUGGACCGGGACAGAGUCAUCAACCUGAUUACCGGGCCUUCCCAGCUGGGCACCAGCAGCACAAGCUCCGCAAAUUCCAGGCGCCUAAAGUCCAUACAAGCCGAGGACAACGAGGCCACGGUCAGAGCGCACAAAGGUGCUCGACCCACGCUUGCCGGCUCACCACUCCUUCGCUCCCGCACUUUCCCGCCGACGAGCCGCUCAAACGCCAAAAGUGUGCCCUUCUCUGGCAUAGCGGAGUGGGAUAGUAAUCGACGUGGAUCGUUGGGCGGGGAGCCAACUGUCUUCAAGAUUGGUGCUGAGUUGGUCGUGACAGUCGUCGCGGAAGCUGGCACGACGAGCGCCCCUGGUACGCCGAUGACUAGCAAGCGCUUCUCCCAAGAGAUGGGCAACGCCACGCGGCCGCUAUCGCAGGUGUCCAAACGAUCAAGCUUGCCAGCGUCAAAUCGUAGCUCCGUCGUGGAAGCUCCAAGCACGCCGGUGAGCGUAGUGAUCAGUGCAGCAACACUUGAGCGCCUCGUGGACGUGCUUGUUCUGGGUGUUCAGCAUGUCACAGUGCUUCCUUCAUCGGAUGAUCAAGGCGAGACGCCUUUGUCUAAUCAACGCAGAUGGCGCCUUUCCAUGGACCUGCCACACUUCAGAGCAGUUUUCUUGACCACAUAUAGGCGUCUCUGUACUCCAAUCGUGCUCUUCGACUACUUGGCAAAACGCUUUGCAGGUGCAGUUCAAGCUAGCAGAGAAAUGGCUCUUCCGGCCCAGCACCGCAGUGCAAAUCAGUUCCCUUCGUGGGCCAGGGCUGACCCGGUCGGGAGUCGCAUGGAACCGAUCGACUGGGAAUUCGUCAGUCGCAUUCGCCUCGGUGUCAUCACGGUCUUACGCGAGUGGGCACAACGAUGUCCGCAAGAUUUUGCAGACGACGCAGAGCUUUUCGAUGGAGCGCUCAACUUCGCCAAAUCGCCGCCAGGGUUGAAUCCGCGCCAUGAAGAUGACCCUGAUUAUGGGCUUGUUGUCUCUGUCGUGGACGAUCUCCUUCUCAAGCUGCGGACCAGCGCGAUGUGUGCGAACACACGGCCAUCCGACCUGCCGCCAGGCGCCGAGCAUUUCAAUCUUGUACGCGGUUCUGACGGUAGCACCAACCCCAACCACACGGAUACAAUGGGCACUGACUUGGACUUCGACCGAACGUCCGCUCCCGACCUCGUGCGAUUUCUCGAAAGCAUUGCAGCGGUAUUCUUCGACAAGAUCACGCAGCGAGAUCUUCUGGUGGCUAGUGAGAUGUUUGAAAGGCAGUCAAGCGUUCCCACGGGCUGGCAUGUGCGAAGUGCGACGCCUGUGACUGGCGCCGACGACUCGACUCAGACAAACAACAUGUACAAGCUGCUGGAAUUCCUGCGAGCUCCAGGUGAAGGCAAGGACUCGCCCUCAUUACAUCAAACUCUACCACCAGCCCUGCGCGAUGCCUGCGCUGCUCAGAACAUGCUCCGUGGUUGGAUCGCUAUCCAUAUCAUCGAGUCUCGCAUAGGCCUGCAGCGGCGGCAGAGCCGACUUGCGAAGCUUCUCGAUGCUGUCUGGAUCUGUCGCACUCGCAUGUCCAGAGUGCGCUCGGAGGACACAGCCAACACAUCCAUCGCUGCUCCUGGUCCAUUCAAGGAGACGACAGUGACAUCUUUCGUAGAGAGCGUGAUCGUCGGUGCGCUGACAGCCUCGGAAAGCCGCAUUUUCCAACGCGCGUGGCACGGUGUUGCAGCCUCCCGUGAAGCUACAGGGGAGACUUUUGAAGGGCUGUUCCCUCCCGCUCGAGUCGCCAGCGCGUAUAGCGGGGCGACUAAUGCGCAGUCGACCCCGGAUGUCGGCUGGAUCCUCAAGUCACUCGCGGAAACGGUCACCAGGCAAUCUGAGCACAUCCACGCCAACAGCGCGCUGUUGGAUUUCGACAAAUCUCGGACUAUCUACAAUCUCAUCGAGUCAUCCUUGCGGAUCCGGCCCGUAGAAAUCGAGGCGAAGGUAAUCGAGAUUGCCAGCGCGCGACUGAAUGCUAUGCAAGCAGCGUUGCGCAAAGUCGGUUGGGAUCGACGCGCUUUCAAGGAUGACGCCGCACAAGAGUCGGCCGGAGCGCCCGCUUUACCUGCGAAGUUCAAACCGACGAAGCCGCUUGGGGCUUUGACUUCUGAACAGCAAGAGAAGCAGCGGCGGGAUCGCAUGGCGUACGAAAUCCUCCUGCACGUCGCCAAGGAGCCUGUCCGAAUCUCGUCUCCUCAAGCUGCACCCAUGCGACCAAGCCUUUCGGUAGGCAACACUCCCCAGCCUGGGGUGGAUGUCGGUGGGCCACCGGCGUCAGCCACUGCAACAGCACCCAUAGAGAAGCGAGCUCGACGAAUGACGGCUUUGUUCAGGGGCGCUAUCCGACCGUCUGCCGAUAAAGCAGAUACACCACAACGCACGGCAGCACAGCUGCUUGAACUGACGCCCACAAUGAAGCACGCCGUGAUAAUCGGGGCUGCAUCGGCCCAAGCGUCGCUGUGGAGUAAUAACCAGCGCAGCUUUGUGUUCCACUUGACCAGUCCGGAGAGCGGCAAUCACGUGCUACAGGCUCCGUCCCAGGUGGAGGCCGUUGAAUGGCUGCGAGAGAUUCAAAAAGCUGCCAGUCAGUACGCAGCGCCACGAUCUGGCGAUCCAUCGAAGUCCGUCGCUCUUAGGGGAAAAGCAGUCAUGCCUCUCUACAACAUCGACCUGAUGACCCUUGCUGCGCGGGACAAGCGCAGUGUGCCGCUUGGCCUAGAGCGCAUGCUUGCGGAGGUGGAAGCAAGAGGACUUUUGGAGCAAGGCAUUUACAGAAUUUCUGGGGCGAAGAAUGCCAUAGAGGGUCUCAAGAUUGCCUUCAGCAAACAGCCGGCAGAGUCCAUUGAGCUGUCGACUGGAGAGUACAGCGAUGUGCACACCAUUGCCGGCGCCAUCAAGCAGUGGCUUAGAGAUCUACCAGAGCCUGUGGUGCCUUUUCAACAUUACAACGCGUUGAUAGAGGCGGAGCGUGUCGAAAAUUAUGAAGAUCGACUAUACGCAAUACGAGACAUCAUUUGGGAAUUCCCUCAGCCUCACUUUGAAGUCCUACGCCGGAUGUCAGAACACUUGGCGAGAAUUUGCGAGGAAGGCGAGCGCAAUUUGAUGGCACCUCACAACAUCGGGCUUGUCUUCGGCACAUCACUUCUCAACCCUCCUCCUGGGCCCGCCAGCGUUGCUCAGAGUUUCGGCAACAUCGGCAAAGCAGCGCACAUCGUGAAGCUUAUCGUCACUACCCACGAAUGGCUCUUCGAGCCAGAGCCUCCCGAGGUCGGUGUUGAGGCCGAGGCUACUCUCGUGGAUGAAGGUGCACCGCCCGCAUUCGCUACAGCUCCAGCACCGCCUGCUAGCGACGGUCAAGAAGCUGGCUCUACACCACACUCGCCCGUGGGCGUCAUGGUCACGGAGCCAGCUGCUCCGGCAGAUGCAGCUGGCACCAGUGCGCACAACCUUGCUCUUGCACUAGGCGCUGCACAUCAAGAUGCUUCUUUGCCCGCCGAAGCAUCGCAGCAAUUCGCGUCUUCCUUCAGUGCAUCUGCUGCAGCUUCAGCGCCAAUUCUCCCGAAAGAGGCCACGCUGCCACGUAGCGAGGUGUCCGCUCUAGGUCUAUCCCCUCGAGCGGUGCAGAGCACGCUCCACACGCCUCAGAAACGUGCUCCCGGUGCCCGAGAGGGAACGGAAGGGCGCGAGGAAAGCAUCUACCUUGAUGCGAGGGAAGCCCUCAACGCUUUGAUGGAUGGCGACGCUGCCGAGGGCCGCUUCGACAGCUAGGCAGAGAUCCUUGGCUCCCUACGUGUCGAGAUCUGGGAGCACGUCCUCGGAUUGCAGGACAGUGCCUGUGCUGUGCCUGCAGAUAUGCUGGUGUUCUGAUUUUCUUCACGGUAGGAGCUCAUCGCU